AUGCCUUUGAAAGUUAUCGUUGUUGGGGCCGGCUUGGGCGGCCUCGCUGCUGCCAUUGCGUUUACCAGGGCUGGACAUGAUGUUGAGGUCUAUGAAAAGUCCUCGUUCCACAACGAGGUCGGAGCUGCGAUUCAUCUGGCGCCCAAUGCGACCCGAGUACUGCAACCAUGGGGUUGUGAUCUACAGGCUAUGGAACCCUCGCCUUGCGACCAUUUGAGUAUUUGGGAUAACAAAGGCAACUUCAUAGCAACCCCAGCAUUUACCGACCAGCUGCAGAAAGAGUUGGAAAUGGAUGACCCUUGGUUGUUAGUACACCGCGUGGACUUGCAUAAUGCAUUGCGAGAGAAAGCAGAAGAGGGAUUCGGUGGGAAGAAGCCUAAAAUCCAUCUGUCGAGCGCCGUGGAUUCUGUGGAUCCAUCAACCGGGAAGGUGGUGUUGGAAAGUGGACGUGUGCUGCAAGCGGAUCUUAUCAUCGGUGCAGAUGGUGUGCAUUCUCGGACAGUGGACUUUGUCACCGGCGAAACUCAGAAGAAGAGAAGCACUGGACAGAAUUGCUUUCGUUUCCUCGUUCCUGUCGAAAAGCUACGCGCGGACCCAGUUACCAAGGAGUUGAUCGACAGAAUAGGCCUACGGUCCCUGAACGCUUUCAAUUCUCCAGAACGACGGCUGAUACUUUACCCAUGUCGGGCAGGGACGCUCAUCAAUGCUGUCAUGUUUCACCCCGACGAGGAAGGGCAGACGGUCGAGUCAUCGUGGCAGAAUGCCGGAAGUCGAGACGAUCUAAUGGUUCAAAUGGAGAGUUUCAGCAGCUUGCUGAUUGCUACUGUAGACCAAGGUCAAGGAGGUGCACAAGCCUUCGAAGACGCGGCAACUCUCGGGGCGCUCUUUAUAGCGGACACUCGGUCGGAGCAAAUUGGCGAAAGACUGAAGUUAUACAAUGAUAUUCGCUAUGAGCAGGCGGUGACAGUCUUGUUCAUGUCUAGAGUGGGUGAUGAACACCGGGAGAAAGUCAUGGGAGACUUGAAGCGAUUCGUUCCGGACGCGAAGAUGCCUGGGAACAUGUGGCUGCAUGCGUGGAAGUCUUUUCCCGUUAAGGAGGCAGAAUAUGCUCUGCAACAUCAGGGGCUUCUUCACAGAGUCGAUGGCGUAAGAGCCUAA